UACGCCAAGAGGAAGGAGAAGGGCUGAGGACUAGUGAGCCUCAGAGCCACUGUCCAGGAUGAAACAACCAAGAUCCUGGAGUACAUCAGGAUAAUGGCCCCAAGUGAGGGAGUGCUUAGUGAGAAUCUCAGACAGCAGAAACCCGAGAAGGAUGGGAAUGAAGAGGUGCAGGAACCAUCAAGGGAGGAUAAACCCCUCCAAGUUCUGCUUUACUGUGAUUACUAAAAGGGGGAACUGAAUCUCACACAGAUGCAAGAUAUUUCUUAACAACAGCAUUAUCAUGGUCUGGUGUAAAAUGUCAAUUAUCUUGAUUUGUUCCACUGUGUUACUGAUUGGAUGGGUUCUUACACUGGAUCAAGCCCUGUGGACCACCAGUGAGACAAGACACUCUUGUAACUGGACAUGCAUGAUCUUAACACUCCAGUGGCCCGGAAGCUUUUGUCUGAGCCUCAACACCAAGAAUAUAUGCAAGAUACCACAGAAUAUUCAGAACUGGACUAUUCAUGGGCUGUGGCCUCUUCAUGCUCAUAGCUGCUGUUCUUGUUGGCGAAUAUAUCACUCCCAUCUUCAGGAGCUGGAACCUGAACUUUCUCAACUUUGGCCAUCACUGUUAAAAUCAAGGAGUGCCUUUACAUUCUGGAAGGAUGAAUGGUACAAGCAUGGUACCUGUGCAGCCUGCAUGGAAAACUUGGGCUCGCCACAAUACUACUUCAGGACCUCACUCAAGUUGCGAAUGCUCUUUGACAUUGACAGUGCACUGACAAAUGCGGACAUCAUUCCUUCCUGCAACACCUCGUACAAGUUUGAAGACCUGCACAGUGCACUGGCCCCACUUCUUGGUGACAGCUCUGUGCUACAGUGUGUGAAAGAUGAGAAGGAGCGUGAGGUGUGGGUGCAGUUAAAGAUCUACAUCUCUAAGAAUAUAACUCUUGGCUGCCAUAAACAGGAGAAGAAACAGGCACUCUUGAUUGCCAAGGCCACAAACACUUCUUCAGGACAUCCCUGUCCCCCGAAUACCACCAUAUUUUACUUCCCAAUAGACUACGUUCAUCCUGAACAGCCCUGCAACUGAGUGUGACGACUGUCAAAUAUUCUGUCAGCUAUUAGCAUGACGCAUAGCAAUAAUGUUUGCUUCAAAGCAAGACUAUAGACUGCAGGAAUGGAGUCUUUGUUUUGAAAGAAUUUAGUAAGGCAUUGCAAAUUUCAGAUUUUAUUGACACAAUCAAUUUGCUGAAAAGCAAGCUUCUACACCAGAUAAGCUGCAUCAUAUCCACUAAAACAACCAUGGCUUAAAAAAAAAAAAGUAUUGAAAAAUGCAAAUUACUUUUUGAUUUGUAAUAAAUCUAAGAUGGAAACCAAAACCACAUUAACA